UCGGCAGAGAGACAGGAGACCCGCCCGGCAGCGAGACAGGAGACCCGCUCGGCAGAGAGACACACAGCUGUAGAGAAACAAGGGCAGAGAGACAGGAGAGACAGCUUCAGUAGACAGAUUGGAAUGUGCAGAAAGACAGGACAUGGUUAUGGGCAGAGACCGUGGAGACAGCUUUAGCAGAGAGACAGGAAAUGGGUUAUAGAGAGAGACAGGCAUAAGCAGAGAGACAGGCAUAAGCAGAGAGACAGGCAUAAGCAGAGAGACAUGAGACAAGUUUAGCAAAGAGACAGCAGACAGGUUUAGCAGAGAGACAGGCAUAAGCAGAGAGACAGGAGACAGGCAUAAGCAGAGAGACAGGAGACAGGCAUAAGCAGAGAGACAGGAGACAGGUUUAGCAGAGAGACAGGUUUAGCAGAGAGAGAGGAGAUAGGUUUAGCAGAGAGACAGACAGACAGACAGACAGACAGACAGACAGACAGACAGACAGACAGACAGAUGGGUGACAGCUUCAGCAGAGAGAGAGAUAGAAAACAUUAUCAGCAGAGGCAGAUAGACAGGUCCGGUUGUAUCGUGAGAACGUCCGCUCUCGCGUCAACACAACACGCAUGCAUCGUGGUUCUCUAGUGAACGCACGUCGGAGAUGUAGGUGGAAGUGAAGACAUGUUGUGAAUAAAUACUUCAUUUUAGUUUUUUUGUGCACACAGAGCAUUCGUAUCGCUUCAUAAAACUGGGAUUAAACCCCUGGAGUCACAUGGAUUACUUUACGAUGACUUCAUGAACUUUUUGGAGUUUGAAAGUUUUGGUUCACAGACUGUCAAUGGAGGGACAGAAAUCUCCCGAGUUUUAUUAAAAAUAUCCUCAUUUGUGUUCCGAAGAUGAAUGAAAGUCUUAUGGGUUUGGAACGACAUGAGUAUGAGGAAUUGAUGACAGAAUUUUCAUUUUUGGGUGAACUAUCCCUUUAAGUGAGGUGGAGAGUUCAUCAGAGACAGAGAGAGAGAGAGAGACAGCUUGAACGGAGAGACAGCUGUGGUAUAUCCCACAAAGUUUAAAAACAAGCUUCUGUGUUCGUCUUCAGCAGCUUGUUAUGACACGCCAUGCAACUCUGUCAUCAGUGUGUGUGUGAGAGCCCUUGUGGAUCCAGUCGAGUGUGUGAAGAAAUAAUCUAGCAUGGAGCAGGAAGACUUUCCUCCGCCUCCUCCUGAUGUGCUAGAUGAGGAAGAAGAAGGUGAACGUUUUGAAUUUGAUGACGAAGCCCCGGAGGCCGAGCGCCCUCCUUCGUUCCCUCCUGCUCUGGAUUACGACCCUUCAGGCUGUCCGGGUUCGGAAAAUGCGGAGGCUGAUCUCCCUCCACCACCACCGCAGACCUGUCCGUCUGCUCCUCACGGUGACUUCCCUCCACCUCCUGAGGGGGCACAAAUUGAGGGCGGUGCAGAUAAGGAGCUCCCUCCGCCUCCAGAGGGUGCUGAUACACAAGGGAAUCCCGGGUCCCGACCCAAAGUCAACCCAUACUCAGUGAUCGACAUUUCCCCCGAGAGCCCGCCUCUACUGUCUUUCCCAGCCAAUGGGAAUGAAGGUGAUGCCCAGGAAGUACCCAGCAGCCCCAUUGUGCCCUCUGGAUACUCAGUGCCCGUGCCCUGCGGCUACGCCACGCCCUCCAGCGUCCCGAUUAUCACCCCCACCUACACCACUCCUGUCAUCAUCAGACACUUCUCAGUGGAUGAAGAAGUGACUGUUGUGGGGGCGGGGCAUACUCUGACUGACGGCGUCUUCACUGAAGAAUAUCCAGCCAUAAGAGAGGAAGAUGCUCUGGCUAAGUGGGCUUCGGAUCCUGCCAACACGGCCUGGAUGGAGAAUCCAGAUGAAGUUAUUUAUGACGACGUUCCGAGAGAGAAUUCGGGAUCCACUACAGACGUGGAUGAGAUGAUCUAUGAUGAUGUGGAGCUGGGUGAGGAGGGAGGCAGCAGCUCUGUGGAGAAUGGAUGGAGCUCCAGCGAGUUCGAGAGCUACGACGAAGAGAGCGAUGGAGAGACCGGGCACGGAGAGAACGGCCUCCUCCCCAACGCUUACAUCCGCCGACACACACCCAGCACCAAAACACACCUCUCUCAAGAUCUGACACGCUUGAAAGAGCACUAUGAGCGAAAGGUGAAAGAUCUCAUGGCGAAUGCAGUGGGCGCGGUCGAGCUGCAGCAGCUCAGACACAAACAUGAGCAGAAGAUGCAAAAGCUGGUGAGGGCGGCCAAGCACGGCACCAAAGACGGCCUGGAGAAAACUAAAGCGGCGGUGAAGAAGGGAAAGUCCUUCAUUCGAACCAAAUCUUUUGGUCACGAGAGGAAGGCAUCAUGUUUUGAGGAAGAGCCAUCCGAGCUCUUCAUCGAGGUGGAGUGUUUAAACGUGGAACCUGUGUUAGGCCCCGCCCCUGAGGGCCUCUCGCAACAGCAGGUGGUGAGGAGAUGUAUUCUGGAGUCAAUAUUAGAGAGUGAGAAGAAUUAUUUAGACUCGCUGAAGAGAAUAUUAGAGCACUAUGAGAAGCCACUGCAGGAGCUCGAGCCUCGGCUGCUGAGCGAGAGGAAGUGUAAGGUGGUGUUUUACCGAGUGAGGGAGAUCCUGCAGUGCCACGCCAUGUUCCAGAUCGCCCUGGCCAGCCGUGUGGCAGACUGGGACCAGCUCCAGACCAUCGGGGACGUGUUCGUCGCCUCUUUCUCUAAAUCCAUGGUUCUGGAUGCGUACAGUGAGUAUGUGAAUAACUUCAGUACGGCCAUGGCGGUGGUGAGGAAGGCUUGCGCGUCCAAACCCUGCUUCCUCGACUUCCUCAAGCAACGUCAGGAGUGCAGUCGAGAUCACGUCACGCUCUACGGCCUCAUGAUGAAACCCAUCCAAAGAUUCCCACAGUUCAUUCUGCUCCUGCAGGACAUGCUGAAGAACACGCCGGUGGGCCACGCUGACCGUUUGCCCCUACAGAUGGCCCUGACCGAGUUGGAGACUCUGUCUGAGAAGCUGAACGAGAGGAAGAGAGAAGCAGAUCAGCGCUGUGAGAUCCGCCACAUCGCCAAGGCCAUGAACGAGCGCUACCUCAACAAGCUCCUGAGUGUCGGUAGCAGGUACCUGAUCCGCUCGGACGAUGUGGUGGAGACGGUGUACAACGAGCGAGGAGAGAUCAUAAAGACCAAAGAGCGACGACUUUUCCUGCUUAAUGAUGUGCUCAUGUGUGCCACGCCCAACCUACGCUCUCCUCAGGAUGGUGGAGGUGCCGUCGUUCCUUCUGGCCAGCGCUUCCUGUUAAAGUGGAGCGUUCCUCUCAGCCUGGUGGAGCUGGUGGAGUUCGGCUCCUCGGAGGAGAUGGGAGACUCCGCCCCUUUCCCCGCCCCUCACUCCGGAGAGAAGGUGGUCAUCAAUGCCAAGCCAAAUAAGUUGUACGUGGGUCCGGGUCAGCUUUACCAGGACCUGCAGAACCUGAUCCAUGACCUGGGCCUUGUCAAUCAAAUCUCCACCAUGAUCAGCAGCCUCAAGGGCAACUACCAGAACGUGAAUGGGACAGUAGCUCAGGACUGGAUCUCAGGUCUUCAGCGUCUUAUCCUAAAGAAAGAGGAGGAGAUUAGAGCUGCUGAUCGCUGUCGCAUCCAACUGCAGUUACCUGGAAAACAAGACAAAUCGGGUCGACCCACGUUCUUCACGGCCGUCUUCAACACCCUGAGCCCGUCUAUCAAGCAGGCGUGGAUCAGCAACCUGCAGAUGGCCAAGCUGGCUCUCGAGGAGCAUAACAUACAGGGCUGGUUCAUCGCUGAUGAUGAUGGGAAUCAGAUUAAGAAGCAGAAACAUCCACUGUUGCUGAAGCACAUGCCUGUGGUCAUGUCCAGACUACAGGAGUUUAAGGUGGAGUGUGCGGUCCAUAACCCAGAGCCCCACGUUAACAGCGAGAGCACGGCAGACGUGCCGGCGGUGGGACACGGCUGUGUUUGGGUGGCCAGCUGCACCAAUCAGAUGGCUCAGAUCGCCGUAGUGGCCAUGCAGAACUCCAGCCCGAAGGUGACUGAGUGUUUCAACGUGGAGUCGCGGAUCCUCUGCAUGACCUAUGUACCUGUGGAUGAACCCCUGGAGGAUGGCGAGGGAAACCCUGAGCCUCGGAGCUGCAACACACCCACCGUGUGUGUAGGGAUGGAGGAGGGCAGCAUUUCCGUCUACAAGAGCAGUCAGCGAUCCAAGAAGGUCCGACUGCAGCACUUCUUCAUGCCAGAUAAAGCCGCCGUGACGUGUUUAGCGUAUAAGAGUCCGUUUCUGUACGUCGGCCUGGUCAGCGGCUCCCUCGCCAUCUACUCACGAGCACCGGACGGUUCAUGGGAUUCCUCCAGCGUGCGGUUACUGAAGCUCGGUGUGCUGCCGGUGAAGGCCCUGCUGGCCGUCGGGGAGUGUGUGUGGGCCUCAUCUGGCGGACACGUCUUCGUCAUCGAUGCUCGCACACACACUGUGGAGCACCAGCUGGAGGCGCAUCAGGAGGAGGGGAUGGUCGUGUCCCAAAUGGUGGUAGCAGGAGUGGGCAUCUGGAUCGCCUUCAGCUCAGGCUCCACACUCCGCUUGUUUCACACUGAGACACUGGAGCACCUGCAGGACAUCAACAUCGCUACACCUGUCCACAACAUCCUCUCAGGUCACCAGAGGGUCUCUGUGAGCAGUCUGCUAGUGUGUCACGGUUUGCUACUUGUGGGGACGAAUCUCGGGGUGACGGUAGCUCUGAGUGUCCCCCGACUACAGGGCAUCCCCAAGGUCACAGGACGAGGAAUGGUGUCGUUCCACGCUCAUCACAGCCCUGUGAAGUUCCUCAUCAUGGCGUCACCCGUACAGAACGCUGUUCCCGCCAUCACCGACUCGCCCAGUCAGCGUGGUCCUGCUCCAGAAGAGGACGAAGCUCCCGGCUCUGCUUCUUCCUUCCUCCCUGAGGGAGACAGCGUCCACCCCGUCCCGAUCGGCCACGACUCGCUCUCGUCCUCCCGCAGCUCCCUGGAGCACGGCCCAGAGGACGGCGCCAUCUACGACCUGCUCAGCGACCCGGCGCACUCCCAGAACACCAAGCGGGCGCAACGGGCGAACGUGAGCUCGGUGCUGGUGCUGUCCGGCGGCUCGGGACACCGAAAAAUCAACAGGAAGAGCAAAGCGGCUCGGCACGAAGAAAACGUGCCCACGGUCAUGGUGUGGCAAAUCCCCGUGCCUGUGUGAUACAGGAUGAUGAUGAUGAUGUUGAUGAUGACGGCGAUGAUGAUUUCAUGAGCUGAUGUAAUCAGUGCCCUUCCCUGUGCGUGCCUGAGGCAUCUCCCUCCUCCGUACGUGCGUACAGGCUCUACAGACUGACCAUGGUGUUAACUCUGAAAGAAAGGGAAAUGGAAGUAUAAGGACGAGCUGGACGAUGUGUGCAGUGUUACCAGUCUGGGUGUGGGAUCUGCAAUAAUGGACUUUUAAUGGAUGACUUACUUGAAAUGGCUAUUCAUGGGAAUUUAAGUCACUGCAAUGCCACUGAACUUUUUUUUUUUUUUAAAGUUGUGAACCCUGUGUUAAUUGAAGUAACACUGCUAAUGCAAAGGUUUCUUUUCCUCUUUAGCUGCCUUGUGUUUAAAAUUCUUAAUUCCACUUCAUGUUUAUAUACGCGCUGAAAUCUUUUAUUUAUCCCCCCCCCCAAAAAAUCGUAGAAUAUUUAGGCUCUUCCUUUUGUUAUAAAGUUUCAAACUCAACAUGUUUAAUUAGCUUUCACGUGUAAAGCGAAGUUAGCUGAUGACUAAGACGGUAUGAUGGUACACCAUGCAAAGAAAAUCUGUACGUUUUGCUGUCAUUUGUGUAUAAUGACAAAACCAAAAAAUGAUUUCAGGGUGUAGCGAACACCUGGAAAUGUACCAAAAAUUUAUUUAAAAAGUGUUGCCUUCUUUCCAAAAAAAAAAAUUGGGGAAAAUUAUAUUUCUUCAUUGUUCUGAUAAACUACUGAAGGCUAAGAGUGAUCCUCUUAACAGCCCCAUUUUUAAAAGAAUUUUACAAAGAAAUGCCAAAAAAAAAAAAAAAAGUGAUCUUAUGGUUAUCUUACCACCAAAAGCUGACAGGUUUUUUUUGUUUUGUCUUUUUAAGGAAAAAUGCCUGUAUGGAAUUUCUGGCUGGCCAGAUUUCCUACUCCGUAAUAAACAUGGACAGUUUUAUUCGACACUAGUGGGAUGUUUCAUAUAACUAAAUUAAUUUAGCCACAUAUGGGUAUUUAAUAUGUUGGGAGAGAAAAGAAAGCUUUAUAAUAAGAAGUCAGUAUCUAUUUCUGUUGUUGUUGUUUUUUUUAACAAAUCUUAAUAACCACAUUUUUCUAACAUGUGAUAAUCCUGUGUUUCUUACCUAAAAUUGUAAGACAUUUGUUUUUAGCUUUUGAUUUGUGCACUCUGUAGUGAUUUCCCAUAAUGCUCAUGGAUGACUCGUCUAAAAAGGAAAAUGGACGGCUGUUAUCUUCUGUUCACACUAGCAUGCGACAAGUCACUUUUCGCUUAGGGGCGUGGCCAUGAGAAACUUCUAACGCCAGCUAGUUAAACACAAAUUAAAUAACGUGCUAAUCAGUGUGAAAAUCAGUUGAUUUGCAUGUUACGUACUCAGCUUCAUGCUAGCUUCGUUCUCAGAUUAGAUUAGCAAAGCAAUCUAACUGCACAAGCUACGCACACUCUCCAGAGGCACUGACAAUCUCUUCCGCUUCCUUCUUCCCUUAAGCUUUAUUUUUCUUCAUAAUGUCUCCACACACGUGUAACGAGCGGUCAUUAGAUGGUGGGAGAUAUGACAAUAAUAAUCUCACGAUUCUCGACUAUACGAUACAUGAUAUUUGGUUAGAAACUUCCAGCAAUAGAGUAGUAUCACAUUUAAAUAAAAACUGCUCAAUCGGUUAUAUAAUGUCUACAAAAAUACAUUAAUUUUAUUUUUUAUAUUUAAAAACAAAUCAUUUUUAUUUAUAAAAAAAAAAUACCACUGAAAAGGAGGAAAAAAUCUGUAAAAAUGUACAAAUUUA